AUGUUUGAAUUUGCCAAAACGUUUUUUUCGAUAAUUGGUGAUUCGAAUGUCAACACACAACAACAAAAGAAGCUUUAUUUUGUGUGUGGUAAUGAAGCGGCCGAUUUGGAUUCAAUUAUAGCGGCAACAGCAUACUCGUAUCUAAGUCAACAAUUAAUUGCUCCUAACGAAUCAACUACUUCUUCGUUAUACUUUCCUAUCAUUCAAAUUCCAAGGUCUGAUCUUUACUUACGACCAGAAUGUUCUUACGUAUUUAAUCAAUGUAAUUUUUCCGCACUCGACAUAUCACAACUUCUUUUCCUAGACGACGUAUCACCUCAUUUAAAUCAAUUAUCUUCAAAAAAUUAUGAUGUAAAUUUAAUUCUGGUAGAUCAUAAUAAAUUAAUUUCUCCUUGGGAUGAGAAAUUUAAUGAUAAAAUAGUUGCAAUUUUGGAUCAUCAUUCAGACGAAAAGUUAUAUCCAUAUCUCAAUGACAAGUGUCGUCAAAUUGAAACAGUUGGUUCUGCUACUUCAUUGGUCGUAUUGCAUUUUAAAAAUGAUUGGGAAAAAAAAAUUUCUCGAGAUGAUGAUGAGAAUUCUUGGUACGCUAAAUUAGCUAAACUAUUAUUAGCUCCAAUAUUAGUAGAUACAAUCUUGUUAGACGAAUCUAAAAAUAGAGUAACAAAUAAAGAUCGAGAAGCUACUCAAUUUUUAUUAAAUGUAUUAAAAAUUCCUAUAUCUACUCGAGAAAAUUUUACAAGUAAAUAUUUCGAAGAAAUUCAAAAUGUUAAACUUGACGUUACUCAUUUUUCAAAUAUCGACCUUUUGCGUAAAGAUUACAAGGAGUGGGAUUUAAAUAAUUAUAAAAUUGGUGUAAGCAGUGUAUAUUGGUUUUUAGAGGGUUGGAUUAAUCGUGAAGAUAAUGACAUAAAUAAACUCAUCGAUUCGUUUAAAUCUUUUUCAAUCAAAAUGAAGUUGGAUAUAUUUAUUAUAAUGAUGGCUUAUAAUCAUAAAGAUAAAGGAUUUAAACGGGAGUUUGUGUUUCUCUCCAAGGAUGAUAAGGAUGAUAUAUUCAUUAGGGACAAAUUUACUCAGCAAUUGGAAAAGAAACUACAAUUGAAACGCAAAUCUUUAACUACCAACGUGGAUCACAUUAAAUUCUAUAACCAGGAGGACAAUUCAAUUUCAAGAAAGCAAUUAUUCCCAUUAGUAAAUGAAUUAAUUUUCACAACCAAUCUAUAA